AUGGCACCUUCAGCUCUCUUCGCUUUCUUUCUCGGCAUCGUAGCUACGGCCUCGGCCGCACCUCACCAAGCGCGCGCCAAUGGUAGCUCUGAUGCACCCACCGUCCAACUGCCCGCCGGCUCCUACUAUGGGCUCUACAAGCCCGCGUACGAGCAGGAUGAAUUCCUAGGUAUCCCGUACGCCCAGCCGCCCGUCGGCGACCUGCGCUUCCGGCCGGCCCAGCCACUCAACCAGACUUGGGAUGACCCGCGCAACGCAACCGAGUACUCGCCCCAGUGCUUCGGGUACGGCAGCGACACUUGGGUUCUCGGAAACUACGUGUCCGAAGACUGCCUCACCAUCAAUGUCGUCCGGCCCCACGGAAUCGCCCCGGACGCCAAGCUUCCCGUCGCGGUGUGGAUCCACGGCGGCGGCCUCACCAACGGCGGCGCCUCCGACCCCCGAUACAACCUCACUUUCAUCGUCGAGCAGUCGGUCAAGAUGGGCACCCCGUCGUGCGCUGAGGUCGCCGAGGCGGGGUCCGGAAACCUGGGCUUCCGCGACCAGCGAGUCGCCCUUGAGUGGGUGAACGAGAACAUCGCCUCCUUUGGUGGCGAUCCCAACAAAGUCACUAUCUGGGGCGAGAGCGCCGGGGCCCGUAGCGUCGCCACGCAGCUCUUGGCCUACGGCGGCCGGGACGACGGGCUCUUCCGCGCGGCGGUCAUGCAGAGCGGGACGGGGCUCGAUAACUCUUUCAACGAGGUCCCGAGCGAGACGGAUGCCGACCAGGAUGCGUACGAUAGUAUUGUGGAAGCGGCUGGAUGCUCGUCGACCGAUGAUACUCUCCAGUGCCUUCGGGGACUUUCCGCUUCGACUCUGAGCGAUAUCUUCAACAAGACGACCAGCCCUGGGUUCGGGAGCGUUGUCGAUGGAGAAUUCCUGACGCAGCCGCGUUCCGAACUGGUCAAGGCUGGCCAAUUCGUGUCCGUCCCCAUCUUGAUCGGCACCAACUUUGACGAAGGCACCCAGUUCGGAAAGAAGGGUAUUGAUACGGAUGAGCAAUGGGCCGAGUACGUGGCGUCCUCGGGCGCCAGCAAUGCCACCAUCGAGGCGAUCUCCGCUCUUUACCCGGAUAUUCCGAGUAUCGGUCUCCCCGCCACCUUGGACGGCAGGCCCUCUGGUGAUCUCGCCACUUACGGCCAGCAAUGGAAGCGCGUCGUCUCUUUCAGCGGAGACCAGAGACAGCACGCCGCACGGCGCUGGUUCGCACGCCAAUGGGCGGGCCGGAACCAGACAGCGUACACGUACCACUUCAACGUUUUGGUCAACGGCCUCUCUCCGGCCCAGGGGUCCUCGCACUUCCAGGAGGUUACUUUCGUCUUCAAUAACGUGCAAGGUUUGGGCUACGAGACUGCCGUGGCGAAGAAUCCGUACGAGGGCCAGCCGGAGACGUUUGUAACUCUGGCGGAUACCAUGUCCAGAAUGUGGGUGAGCUUCUUCACAAACAUGGACCCCAACUACAGUGGAGGUAAGUUUUUCCUUGUUCCCCAUAUACUGGCCAAGGACGGUGAAAUGGUACUAAAAACACAAGCCUCUUGCACUCGAUGGCCUACCUACUCUGUUGACAACCCGCGAAACAUGGCUUUCGAUGUCAACGCAACGUCCGUCAAUUAUGUGGAGCCAGAUACCUUUCACAUGGAGCAGAUUGAGUACCAGAUUGGAAAGUACUGGGGCACAGAUGAGAGUCUUGCGGGACACUGA